UAGAUACACUAUAUUGCUGGAAGUAUUGGCCCCGCCCUCCAUAUCAUGGGAUUCAGGUGUUCCAAUCCCCUCCAUGGACACAGGUGUAUACAAUCAUCCCCUAGGCAUGCAGACUGCUUCUACAAACAUUGGUGAAAGAAUGGGUCGCUCUCAGGAGCUCAGUGACUCCAAGCGUGGUCCCGUGAUAGGUGGCCACCUGGGCAAUAAGUCCAUCCGUGACAUUUCCUGGCUACUAAAUAUUCCACGCUCAACUGUUAGUGGGAUUAUAACAAAGUGGAAGCAACUGGGAACAACAGCCACUCAGCCACCAAGUGGUAGGCCACGUCACAUGACAGGGCGGGGUCAGCGCAUGCUGAAGCGCACAGUGCGCAGAAGUCACCAACUGUCUGCAGAGUCAAUAGCUAAAGACCUCCAAACUUGGUGUGGCCUUCAGAUGAGCCCAACAACAGUGCGUAGAGAGCUUCAUGGAAUGGGUUUCCAUGGCCGAGCAGCUGCAUCCAAGCCUUCCAUCACCAAGUGCAAUGCAAAGCGUCGGAUGCCGUGGUGUAAAGCAUGCUGCCACUGGGCUCUA